AUGAUGGAUGGUUUGAUACUGUUUCGUCGACCUAGGAAAAUUCCUAAGUCGAAAUUAUCAGAAAAUAAUAAUAAUGUUUAUAAACCGAGAGAAACAAAGAUUUCUAUGGUAAAAAAGAACUCCGAUUCAAACAGUCAUCUACCUAUUUCAAAUAAUAUUGUAUUUUCUUCUACUGGAACGACAAUAAAUUUCAUGAAUAAAAAUAAAAAUAAACGACAAGGUGAUGUUGCAAAUUUUGUAAACAAUGGAUUCGGCUGCCUUUUUAUAAAAGGUGGUAUGUUAAAUAAAACGUUUAAUGAAAUAGAAAAUGCUUCUGGUUCUCAUAAUAAUAAUAAUAAUAAUAAUAAUAAUAAUAAUAAUAAUAUGAAUUUCAAUAUUCAAUCGAAAUUUCCUAUAAAACGAACACCAUUAUAUCAUGGUUUAAUAUUAAUAGCUCGUGAAUUAAGAAAUGCUUUAACUAGAACUAUUGAUACAAAUAUCAUAUGUUCCAUUGAAAAGAUACCAAAGAAUUUUCAACAAUCAUUAAAUAAUUAUCAAGUGAAUUAUGCAAUUAUUUUAAAAGAGAAACUAAAUCAAAAUCAGUUAAUUUGGUAUGAAUUCUAUGAUCUAAAAUCAAUAGAACAACUAGAUCUAUCCUACAAUCGUCUUGUAUACCUUGAUAGUCGAAUAAAAAAUUUAGAGCAUUUAAAAGUGCUAAAACUUAAUGGUAACGAUUUAACUGGUAUUCCUCCUGGUCUUCUAUGUUUAUGUGAAAAAGCUUUGGAAAGUUUAAACUUAAAUGAUAAUCCAUUAUUAUGUUUAUUUCCAAAAGAGUUUAAAAACAACUCUUUAGUAGAAAUUCAAUCUUUAAGAGUAUUAGCCUGUUUGAAAAUGAGAGAUCUGCUUAAUGACAUGAAUAUACAAAAUCAAGAAACUUCCAGAGAAAAGCCAGAACAGUAUAUAUUGAUUACUAAUUCAGAGGAGAACAAUGCAAAUUUCUUUGAGUUUCAGAAAGUCUCUGACAAAGAAGAGUCAACUAUGUCAAAUGAAUUGUUGAGUCCCAUUGGUUCUUGUUGCUGGUGUGGGAUGGAUAGAUACGAUCAAAAGAAUACAAUAUGUAUUCAUUGUGUUGAUGUAUUUAAAUAUUCAACGGUUCCAAUAUAUAUGUUAUGUUGUGGAAUUCAAUGUGUAACGGAAGUAAAACAGUGUAGUACGUCUGAACAAUUCGCAAAACGAUAUUAUAAAAGUUAUGAAAACCAUACAAAUAGAUAG